AUGACAUCAGAUAAAAAACUUUCAGUGGCCUUUGUAUGCCUUGGUAACAUUUGUCGCUCGCCAAUGGCAGAGGCGGUAUUCAAGCACAAAGUGAAAGAAUUGGGCUACAGCGACCAUUUCAAGCUCAUCGACUCAUACGGAACCAGUGGGUGGCAUGUAGGCGACUCGCCAGACUCCAGAUCCGUGGCUACGUGUCGCAAACACGGAGUCCCCGUCAAGCACUUCGGCCAACAGAUCGGGCCUGAAGAUUUCGCCAAAUUCGACUACAUCAUUGGCAUGGACCAGAUGAACAAGGAGGAUUUGAUGUUCAUGAAGCCCAAGGGCUGUAAAGCUCGCGUGGCGAUGUUUGGAGAAUGGAAAACCGAUCCUCAAUUUAACACAAUUGUUCAGGACCCCUACUAUGGAGGAAGAGAAGGGUUCGAAGUGAACUUCAGACAGAUCUCUCACUUUAGCGAAGAGUUCUUGAAGCAAGAGAUUGGAGAGAAACAAUGA